GUCCGUUACGUUCAGUUCCUGUGAUCAGCUUACGGUCUUAGCGUAUUACUCACCGCUCUGCAGGGUAGCUUUUAUCAUUUGGGUCCAGUUUGGGUGUUGGUUAAGUUUCAAUCAUGGCCAAACGCAGAAUAACCCAGGACACAUUUGAUGCUGUGGUCAGAGAAAACAUUGAAGAGUUUGACAUGGAGGGCAGUGAAGCAUUGAAUGAAGCUAUUGAGCAGUUUGAGUCUCAAGGUGUGGACCUCAGCAGCAUCAUUAAAGCCAUUCCAAAAGUUUCUUCUGAAGAAAACACAGAGGAACAAACUCAUGAGGUUCUGAAGGCUUUAGAGUCACUGAAAUCUGCAUCGUCCACAUCGCUGCUGGAUGAUCUAAAGCUCUUCACCCAGCAGUGUUCACUCGGCUUCGCUCAGAGAUACCUGGCAGCACAGAAGGAAGCGUAUCCCACAAUCCUCGCUUGUUGUCAGAGAACUAGGGAGGAGAAAGAGAGUCUCUCUGUCGCACUUGAAGCACUCUCGGCGCUUACGGACGGCCAACCCGAUCUCCUGGACGCGGAAGGACGGGAGUUUUUGAUCAGUACUUUAAGCGAGCACAGGACGGACCCCGCUCUCACCUGUCUGUGCAUUCGUAUCGUGCGGCACUUCUGUCUGAAACAUGAGAACAACAGACAGGCUUUGGUCAAGGCGGGUGUGUUGCCGCUGCUCACCGCAAGCAUCACGAGCCACAUGCAACGUCCCGAGGUCGUGAGGGAAGCCUGUGGCGCGCUGAGGAUCAUGACCUUUGAUGAUGAUGUGCGUGUUCCUUUUGGUCAAGCCCAUGAACAUGCCAGGAUGAUCGUGAUAGAGCAAAACGGACUGAAGGUCAUUGUUGAAGCAGCUAAAGCUCAUACGGGGAACACGUCAGUGCUCAGUGAACUGUGUGCCACUUUGUCCCGACUAACGGUGAGAAACGAAUUCUGUCAGGACAUCGUUGACCUGGGAGGACUGCAAUUCAUGAUAACAUUGCUGGCUGACAGUUUAGACUGUCAGGAGCUUGUGAAGCAGGUGCUUAGUGCAUUGAAGGGCAUCGCAGGAAAUGAUGACGUCAAAGAUGCCGUUGUGAAUGCGGGCGGGGCAGAACUCAUCGUCAUGGCCAUGAACCGCCACAUGUCCAAUGCACAGGUGUGUGAACAGGGAUGUGCUGCACUGUGUGUUCUGGCUCUGCGUAAACCCAAUAACUGUAAGGUCAUCAUGGAUAGCGGUGGAGCUCUGGCUGCCCUGCAGGCUAUGAAAACUCAUCCAACUGAUGUCAAUGUACAGAAACAGUCGUGUAUGCUGCUGAGGAACCUGGUGGCUCGUACACGUGACUACAGUCAGAUGAUAUUGGAGAUGGGAGCGGAGGCGCUGAUAACACAGGCUUUGGCCGCUCACAGGGACUGCGAUGACGUGGGUCGAGCCGCUCUCAGAGAUCUCGGCUGCCAGGUUGAACUGCGAGAACUGUGGACGGGCAAGAAGGGAAGUCUGAGCCGUUGAAUCCCGGCUUCAUUCAAACAUUCACAGUGAAAUCAUGGAGGAUAAUUGUGAAUGACUGCACUUAAACAUCUUACCAGUAGUAAUACUGCAGUAUGUCUGCUGUUAGACCACAUGCUUUACAUGUUACUGUGUAAAUAUGCUUUUUUAUUGUUUAGUAUGAACAUUUGAUUUGGUUUAUUUAUAGUGUGUAGCGUUGACUUUAUUCAGUCACACAUGACACACUGCUGAUGUUUGUAAAAUGAAAUAAGUCAUUCAGAAGUGCAGUGCUGGAUUGUCACACUGUGGCCAUUUUUCACUUAAUAUCAAAUUUACCCAUAAUCCUCUCUGCUGGUUGUUUCAUCUGAACAUUCGGUGCCGUGAAUAGAAGUUUCUUUGUAUCUGUUUUUUAAUAUGCAUAUGACGAGUAAUAAAGCCCAUUAUGUGUCUCUUAAA